AUGGCAGUUUGCACAAUUUCGCAACUUUCGGCGUUCGGUUGUAGCAAGACACUGCCCGGGAAAAAACUCGUGGGAACCUUCAAGGUUGCAAGAUCGGAGGAUACUGAAUUUCCAAUAGGUACCGUUGUUUUCGAUGAUAACACUGGAAAAUUGGCUUGUCACCUUUCCGGCGAUUUUCAACCAUGCUGGCUCUCAGGGAGAGUCGCAUUAACAGAGUGGAACUUCAUGUUGAAUCGAUUACCAAAUGGGCAAAUUUGUUCGAUGUAUCUUGAAGUGGUGCAAGUAGAGUUGGACGAAGAGAGCAUGGAAACUCCGGAAACCAACUCAGACCGAACAUUGUUGGAACAAUUCUUACCAACCUUUCCCGCUCCCGCUACGAUCUCCACGCCACACAGAAGCACAAAUUUGAUUGGAAAAGUUCACAUAACACGAAGGGAUAACUCCUUUCAGCAAAACGCGAAACGUGGGUCCGCGCGGAAUAAGAAUGAAUUGGCGAGACGUGGGUGGGUUCGCGAAACGUGA